AUGCUCCAUGCUUUCCGCUGCGAUCGCCUUGUCCCUUUCAGGAGCAAACGCGUGAACAGACCACAGAGCACACACUCCAUUCAGCCCGAGCCAGGAUUCUCUUCUUCCGACAGCAAUGCCACCAAAGAAACAGCGCGACAAAGACGCAGUGGACAAGCAAGUACCGGACAAUGUGAUGAUCGAGCCUCGGUCUACGCCGACAAUGAAACACGAUCCAGUGUUAGUCAUGAGCGAUCACCCAACGACCAGCUACCAGUCGCCCCUAUAAGGCUCGAGAGCACGAUCGAGAAUCACAGCCGAAUGAUUUUCGAUACAGUCGACGAUCUGCGCGAGUUUAUCAUGCACAGCGACGGCAACGACAAGGAAGUGUGCGCGUCCGUGCGCAUCAAGGCGCGUCUUCUUUGGAUGGCGUCCGACACAGUCCGAGGUCUACGCUUUUUACGACUCUACUUUGGCGAAUGCCAGGCGCCAGAAUCGUUGCAGCAGCAACAGCAGGCCUUCAAGCAAGCGCAACAGGACGACCCAUUCGAAGCAAAUCAAUUCCUCAUCUCUGUCUCGCUACUCAAAGUGAACAUCGACGACCCCAAGCUUCCACGUCCAGGAGAUGUAGUGAUGAUCACACCGUUCAAACUCAACGUCUACCGCAACUGCUGUCAAAUCGAUACCAAACUGUACGGCCUCACUAAGAUCAACAUCUCGUGA